AUGACAAUAAAUAUCGACCCGCCUACAUUCUCCGACGCGCCCUUCUUCUUUGAUAGGCGGGCGGGAUAUUUGCUCGAGCCUGAGCAAGAGGGAAUUGUACAGUCGCACUCCAAGACGAAAGUAGCGUACUACCAUCCCAAAGAUGUCGGGAACUAUCACUAUGGCGAACGGCAUCCCAUGCGUCCACAUCGUCUUGAACUCACCAAAGACCUCGUCCUGGGGUAUGAGCUCCAAAAUCACAUGACGAUGCAUGCGCCGAGGAAGGCGACAGAGGAGGAAUUGGGCGAGUUUCAUGAUGCCGACUAUGUGGAUUUUCUAAAGCGCGUCACGCCCAAGAACGCCCAAACGCUCACUCGGGACUAUACCAAAUUCAACGUCGGAGACGACUGUCCGGUCUUUUACGACGUCUUCUCGUUUUGCCAGCAGUACGCUGGGGCGUCGCUCGCUGCGGCGCGAAGACUAGCGGCGGGGUCUACGGAUAUCGCCAUUAAUUGGUCGGGCGGGCUACAUCAUGCCAAGAAGGGCGAGGCGAGCGGGUUUUGCUAUGUCAACGACAUUGUUUUGGCUAUUUUGGAAUUGCUACGGCAUCAACCCCGCGUCCUCUACAUCGAUAUAGACAUCCACCACGGCGACGGCGUUCAAGAGGCCUUCUAUCUCUCCAAUCGCGUCCUCACAGUCUCCUUCCACAAGUACUCGGCCGACUUCUUCCCCGGAACCGGUAACCUCUCCGAGACGGGCUCCGACCUUGGCAAAUACUUUUCCCUCAACGUCCCCCUCCAAGAUGGGAUCGACGACGAAUCCUACAUCUCCCUCUUCAAAUCCGUCAUGGAACCCACCAUCACCACCUUCCGCCCCUCGUCCAUUGUCCUGCAAUGCGGCGCCGACUCGCUCGGGUGCGACCGGCUCGGGACGUUCAAUCUGAGUAUCGCGGCGCACGGCGAGUGCGUACGAUACAUCAAGAGCUUCAACCUGCCGCUCCUCGUGCUCGGCGGCGGAGGGUAUCGGCAGUCCUCGGUCGCCCGGUGCUGGGCAUACGAGACGGGUAUCCUCGCGGGCUUCAAAUUGGCGGACGAUCUGCCCGUGACGAAUUACACCGAGUUCUUUGGGCCGGACUACAAGCUCCAUCCGCCCUUGACGGGCCAGAUUCAGAAUUUGAAUACCCGGCAGAGUCUGGAGCGGAUCCGAGUGACGAUUAGGGAGAAGCUGCGGUAUUUGAAUGGAGCGCCGUCCGUGCAGAUGCAGGAGGUGCCGCCGGAUCUGAUGGGGUUUUUGGAGGAUGAACGGAGGGGCAAAGAGGAGAGGGAGGAGGAAGAGGUGGGGAAUGGGAAGGCGGGCGAGACUAGGUGGGAGACGGAGCUGGGGGAGGGAAGGCGGACAAGGGUGAAUCAGGGAUGA